AUGGCGUGCGAGACCCAGUACACGUCGCGGCUGCCCGACGACGUCGUUCUGGAGAUACUUUCCUUCCUGCCGGCCAAGUCGAUCGGCCGCUUCCGCAGCCUGUCGCGUUCGUGGCAUGCCCAUCUCUCCUCGGCGUCCUUCGUCGAGUUCCACCGCCGGCGAGCCAACAAUCCAUGCCAGCCCAAGCUCUUCUUCAGCCCCACCUUCGACUACGGAGCAUCCGAUUCUGAAGACGACCACGAGGCAUCCGUUUCCAAAGACGACGACGACCAGGCAUCCGAUUCGAGAGACGGCGAGGAGGCAUCCAAGUCCCAAGACGACGGCGAGGCAUCCGAUUCCGAAGAUGAAGAGUGCUACUUCUAUUCCUGGCAGCCCGGUGGUGGUUCGGUCAAGAAGCUCAUGGAAAACAAUUUUUGGAGGCCAGCACCUCUCACCAAGCCUCUUCACGGCCUCGUCCUCGUCCGAUCCGUUUGCGUCGGCGGCCACAACAUCGGUGGCGGCUACGACGUCUGCAACCCUUCCACCGGCGAGUUCUUGUAUCUUCCUGACACCAGGCUGCCAUUGAAGACGAUCAUCCGGUAUUCCAACACUCAAGGCCAUCCGCCGUGCUACUGGGACGUUGCGUACGGUUUUGGUUACUCCUCCGUAACUCACGAGUAUAAAGCGGUGCGUAUGUUCAGCUCUGGUUACUUCCCCGCCACCACCUGCUGCGAGGUUCUCGUCCUUGGCGUGCCGACGUGGUGGAGGCCAACGGCCCAACAGCCCCCGGAGUGCGUCGUGGAGGAGCACAACCCAGCCGUGUUCUUGAACGGCUACCUGCAUUUUCUCUGCAAAGAUGGUGGCAUCAUCACUUUCAGUGUCAACGACGAGACUUUCGGUUCGUUGUCACCGCCGCCGCCCUACCCAGGCUCUCACCCAGAGGGUAGUCCAGUCACCAGGAUGACAGAGCUGGACGGGUGCUUAUGCCUCUGCCGUGAACAGACCAAUGGUGGAGGCCCCUACCAAGUGUGGUUGCUGAGAGACUAUGAGGCACAGCAAUGGGAGCAGCUUUGCACCUUUGACCGAAGACUUUGGCCGGAGCCCGAGAGAAUGCAGCUGCAAACGAAGUGGAUAACUCCGAUCACCAUCCAUAAUGGGCGUAGCGGACAGAGAAAGAUUAUGUUUGGGACUGGUACUUGUAGGGUGUUCACCGUGGACCUCGACGGCGCGCCCGAGGUGUUGCUUAUUCCGGACGAAGCCAUGUCCGGAAAUAUCUGUGAUAGCGAAGAUUACCCGGCAGUAGGCUUGUUCGAAGAGAGCCUCGUUCCCCUGGGUCGUAUAAUCGAGAACAUGGAUUUCGGGUCACCGAUGACUAAAGCUUGGUCCGACAUCCUCAAGUGGCUGCCGUCACGAUCGGUGUUGGAGCUAAGCCUCGUCUGCAGGGAGUGGCGCGCCAUUGCCGUGAAUCUCGGGUUCCGCCAAUCCCAUGUCAUCCAUGCGAACUCGAUCAAAAGGCAUCAUCAUAUUAAGUUCGUCAUCGAGCCGUCAUUUGGUAUUUUCUGGGACAUGGAUGGCCAAGAUAAUUUCCCAUUUCCGCCAAACUUUACAGCUGGCCUGUUUCAGUGUUCUCAACCUUGCCACGGCCUCAACGUGGGCACCUGGAAUGGCUUGGACUUCUUGUGCAAUCCUGCCAUCCGCUACAACCAGCGCAUCGAACAUGACGAUGGAACCGACGAAAACAACCAAGAUAAUAAUUACUUUGCUGCCCGUAUCGCAUUGGGAUACGACUCUGACAUCGACGACCAUGUGCUGGUGUCUCUUGCCUAUGAGGAGAAGAACAUGGACACUCGGCAAUACAAACUAUGA